AUGCCUACCGAAUCUGUCCUCCCAGAGAGGAAACGCAAACACAAAAAUAAAGAGCACGAACCCUCCAAAAAGCGCAAAAAUGCCGCCACAACAGCCUCCGGCGAUGUCGAGAUGGAGAUACCCUCUUCACCCAAGAUAGAAAAAGGCCGACAAGUCGUCUCAGUUACCGACGCAGCAAAGUCAGAUGCUGGCUCCCCAUUCCGUCUUAUCAAUGCGACCAUGUAUGUCCCACUCUCGCCGAUUUCGAUUUCUUCCACACAUGCCUCCGCUUCACUUAUUGCGGAACACUUGGCACCGUUACUUUUGACGUACUACCCUCCCUUCCAGGGCAUUGUGUUGGCGUACUCCAAUGGUUCGAUUUCUGAAAGCCCACCGGUGCCGGGGCAAGUCCAUAGUUCCUCAUCGCAGCCUGAUUUCGAUAAUCCGAAGCCAUUGACACUUGCUCUGACCGCUAAUGAAUACGGAGUUCUCUACUUAUAUCUCACCGCGACAUUUUUGAUUUUCAGUCCGCAAAAGGGUCAGGUUUUGGAAGGAUGGAUCAAUGUUCAAUCUGAGGGGUUCGUGGGUGCUAUUGUUCAUAACCUGUUUUCUGUGGGCAUUGAGAGGAAACGACUCCCCAAAAGCUGGAAAUGGGUUCCUCCAGGUGCUGAUGAGGAUGAGAGUAAUACGGCCAGUGAUAAGAAAAAGGGAUACGUCUCUGCAACAUCGGGUGACGAGGAUGGUUCUUCUGGUAGCAACAAGGUGGCCUUCGACGCUGAGAAGGAACAUUUUACACCUCUGCCCAAGAAAGUUAGUCGCCAACCUAUCAAUCUGCUCGACUCAGAUACGAAUAUGCUCGGAGAAGAGUUUGGCGAAUACGAUGAUGAAGAGGACGAUGAGGCGUCUAAUGCGACGGGCUACUUUCAAAGUGUUUCUGGUCACCGUGUUCGCGGCACAAUUCGUUUCCGUGUCCGAGAUGUAGACGUUAUCCCUGGCGCCGAUCCGGAUCGUGGAUUUUUGAGUAUAGAAGGAACCAUGCUUACGCCGGAAGAGGAGGCACGGUUGGAGGAAGAAGAGCGCAAUGGGCCUCUGCCAGUGACGAGACAACGUGAUCCGUAUGCCAUGACCGGUGCAGCAAGUUCGCAAUCAGUUUCACAAAGUCAAAACUCGCAAGUUAAUGUUGCAGAAGUUAGGUUGCCAGAGACAGCGACACCAGCAUCGACUACAACAACAACAACAACAGCAGCAGCAAAGUCGGAAUCUAAAGACGACAAGAAAAAAGAAAAGAAAAAGAGCAAGGACAAAUCAAAGUCCAAGACUAAGGAAGUAACAGUUUUAUGA